AUGCGGUUGUUAACUCGAGCUGCCUACGCGACGCUUUUCCUCGCGUCCCUUGCAAUCGCUCACGGUGACGAUGAAUCAAUGGAUAUAGAGAGGGCAAUGAGCAUGGAUAUACACGCUACCGCCAGUGCAGUAACUCCAACAGCUUCCGUCUCACACAAUGCCCAAAACGAAGGUCCCACGAGCUACUUUUCCUAUGGCCAGCACUCGAGCACCAUCCUGGCGCACAUUACGCUCAUGACCCUGGGCUGGUGCUUUAUUCUUCCUGCAGCCGUCAUACUUAGCAUUGGCCGGUCGCGCCUUGCGCUCCCGUCGCAGUUCCUGUUCCUGGUCUUUAAUGCCAUCGGUCUGCUCUUCGGAAUCAUCUAUAAUAGCCAGACUCCCGAUCUGUACGAGAAUAACGCCCACCACAAGAUCGGCUGGAUUGUGACAUUGGUCAUCAGUGCGCAGGUCGUUCUGGCCUUGAUAUUUGCGUAUGCUGGUCGUGGCGAGUCCAAGCAGCCGCAAUCGAGAUGUUUUAGUCGCGCUACGUUCCUACCUGUCGCUACAGAUGAGCAUGAGUGUCCUUGCUCAACUAGGGCUAUGCACGAGUACUGCUGGUCCCGCGAUAGUGACCAGGCAACUGAGCCUAGCUCUUCCAUUCGCAGCCCUUUAUCGCCGUCCUGUGAGUACCAAGCCGAGUUCGACGGCUUUGUCAAGCCGGAGGAGCUCCAUCCGAAGAUUUCUAGUUUACGUGGCUGGUUUUACAAAUCUAUUGUCGAUCGGUUCCUCUUGAAGUGCGUACGUGGAAGAGUCUCGAACCGUGCCCUACGCAUUUUAAAUAGCGUAUAUAAUGUGAUUGAUCGGAUCAUUCUUCCCUUUGGCUUCAUUGCUACUACCACUGGAGCUGUUACUUAUGGUGGUAUCUUCCAUGGUAUCGAGAUCUUUAACGGUCUGGCGCACUUUAUUAAAGGUGGAAUCUUCUUCUGGUAUGGUGUCCUCACUCUUGGACGGUUUAUCGGAGCCUGGGCGGACUUAGGAUGGGCCUGGAACAAGAAGCCCCCAGCGUGUGUCGUCGGCUGGAAGGCAAAAGUCCCCUCAGGCGAGUUUGUGGAGUCGUUCGUCAUCUGGUUGUAUGGUGUUACCAAUGUCUUCUUAGAGCACCUGGCCGGCAAGGGGAAAGAGUGGUCCGCGACCGAUAUGGAGCACGUCUCAAUCUCUAUUAUGUUCUUCGGUGGUGGUCUUGUCGGCAUGCUCUUUGAAUCCCAGCGUAUUCGCGACGCGCUCAACAACACCUUGCUACAAUCCCCUACCUAUGAUUCUGGCGAUGAGAAGUGGCAGCCUCCUGAGUCACAGGGUGUUCCCCUUAACCCGAUGCCAGCUCUUAUCAUCCUGCUCCUGGGUAUGAUCAUGGGAUCGCACCACCAGGACAGCAUGACUUCAACUAUGGUGCAUAAGCAGUGGGGUCAUAUGCUCGUUGGAUUCGCGAUUGCUCGCGGAAUGACAUAUGUUCUGCUGUUCCUGCGCCCACCAACCUCGUACCUCCCAGCUCGCCCUCCCACUGAGAUCGUGGCUGGUUUCUGUCUUAUGUCUGGGGGGCUCAUCUUCAUGCUAAGUGCCCGCCAAGUGAUUGAAGCCAUGGAGUUCUUUGAGCUGGACGCCAUGUUCACCUUCACCGUGGGCAUGGGCUUCACAGCCUUCGUUAUGUCGCUGGUGGUUCUGACCAUCGCAAUAAAGGCGUGGGCAGUGAAGCGCGAGCGAACACAAGAGCAACGGCUAUCCUCCAGAUGA